CCAAAGCCUUAUAAAAAUAUUAAAAAUCUGCCUAUAAAGAGAAGGCUCUCUUUCGCUUCAUCUUUGCCAAACAAACACUAAGAAAAACAUAGCCAUGGCUGCUUCUUCUUCUGCUACAUUCACCUCUCUGUCUCUGCUUCUGGUUUCUUCUCUCUUUGCUUCUUCUUUGUUUUGUGUCUCAGAGGCACAACCUUCUGUCCCUGUGGUUAAAGGGCUUUCGUGGUCCUUCUACGAGUCUAGCUGCCCUAAUCUCAACUCCAUAAUCAGAAAACACCUCAAGAAAGUCUUCAAGAAGGACAUUGGCCAAGCUGCUGGCUUGCUUCGUCUCCAUUUCCAUGACUGCUUUGUUCAGGGAUGUGAUGGGUCGGUUUUGCUGGAGGGAUCAGCCAGUGGACCAAGUGAGCAGGACGCACCUCCCAACCUGACCUUGAGGGCGAAGGCUUUUCAAAUCAUCAAUGACCUCCGUGAGCUUAUUCACAACAAGUGUGGCAGAGUUGUCUCUUGUUCUGAUAUCACAGCCUUGGCUGCAAGGGAUGCUGUUUACCUG